AUGGGCGCACCAGAACAGCUACCAGCCUUCCCAUGCUGGUGCCGCGCGACAUACUCUUGGGGCGGAGAGAGCAAGAAGGACCUUGGCUUCAUCGAAGGAGACCUGAUCGAGGCGCUCAAUGCAGGUGAUGGACUCUGGUGGAUGGGAAGACUGAGGAGAGACCCGCGAGCCAUUGGGCUGUUUCCCAGCAACUUCGUGAAGGUCUUGGAAGGCUCUUUCCAGCCAGCGCCUAACAGUCGCAACCCAUCUCCUCUUACGAAGGUCCCUUCGCCACAGAAGACUCCAGCUAAGAGCGGAGUAUUCCGAAAACCAUUCCAGGCCUACGACGAGGUCGGCAAAAGACCAAGCUUAGACGGUGUCAAAGGCAGAAAUGGGACGCCUGAGAAUGACAAGAAGAGCAAGUUCAGGCCAUACUCGAGCAUGAAGACCGCACAGGCGCCGACUGGAACUCUCAAGAAGGACAGCAAUGGCAGGCCAAUACUUACGAAGGAGGAGAGCACAUCUUCGAUUCCUGCUCCACCACCUCGAAGUCGGUCCAGAAGUCCAAUGCCACCGCCCAGUACAGAGCCUCCAUUGUCCCGACAGCAAACGCAUAUGUCCUACCAUCCACCUCCCGCGGAAGCUAUGUACCGAGCGGUAUCGCCCCAGCCGGGAUAUCGAGCUGUCUCUCCGGCGCCAUCCCGUACUCAUUCUCCUCUGCCAGGAUCAUACAACGAUGGCUCAGCAUAUCCCCAACUUAUUCCAUCCCGCGGGCCUUCGCCAAAUCCAUACCAGCAGCAGGCAUAUCGAGCACCGUCUCCUCAGCCACAAGAUUAUUUUGACUACCAGGGUUCGCGCGUGCCAUCGCCUGCGCCGUAUGAGGAGGACGAUCUUGGUUCCUCACCACCACCUCCACCUCCGCCGACGCACCGAGUGGUAUAUCAACCAACCCGUGCGCCCUCGCCGCAGCCUUACCGCACUCGAACACCAGAACCACCUUCGCCCGGCCCAGGUGCCCAUGGAAUGACUCCGUCGCCUCUGCGGGAUGCAAUGAAUGAUGUCAUGUCUUCGUUGCAAGAUAUGAGUGUGCUUCAACGGGACGGCGUACCUCUGCGGAAUGAAGCUCCGGUCAAUGUGUGGUCGCCAGAUGAGUUUGAGAUGGUGCGGACGAGAUCGCAACAGCAGCAUCAGCGCGCACAAUCCUCGCUGGGAUUUACAUCGAGACAGAACUCAACUCACGGUUAUGGCGGAAGCCAGACACCCUCAGUGCCUUCCUCUAGGGACGGACCACCUCAACUGGAAGACUUUGUGCAGCGUAUGGAGCGACAGCUGCGGCACACGAAAUCUAACAUUUCGUACUCAUCCGACAAUCCUCCAGCACCGCCACUGAAAGGCUCACAAUAUGCUACAUCGCGGCCAACCACGUCCGGCAGCUCAUCAAGUCAGGGCUCGCAGGGCGCGUAUCAGAUGCAUUCUUCUCAACGGCGGCCAAACUUACGACAGCAGAAGUCUGCUUACGAACUUGGAAGGACGUAUACCACAAAGACGAAUGUCACGAACUCUACGGAAUCAUCGUCUGCGACCCAGAGCAGCAAUAGCACGCAGCUGACCAGCCGAAGCAUUAUGUCUGGCUACUCUGCAGGCGGUUUCAGCGCUACGAGCGCCGGCAGUCUCGCGCGGAAACGGUUCGGCUUGGGCAGCCAGAGAAGCAAACGAGGCAUGACGAUGAUGGAGAAUAAGUCAACACCAGACAUUAGCUCUAGCGCAAGGAGCGUCGCCAUGAGCGAAGUGUCAGGUCCCAGCUACCAUGAAAGCCACGCCUCUGCCAACUUCCCCGUAACGACGCCAACGGCAGACUGGACGAAGGACCCAAUGGAUGAUAUGGGAGCUCUGGGAGGACUGAGCGCUGUGAAAGCGAAGAAGAGCAAUUUCUUCAGGAAGAUGAUGGAGAGUGCGAGGUCUACUGCUCGGACGGGUGCAGCGAGUGCAAGAUCGACUAUUGGCAGCAGACCGGGCAGUCGAUCUGGCUCUGUCAGUCCGACGAAGGGUAUUACAGGUAUUGCCGGCGGUCUGGCUUCUCGGCCUGGCUCUUCGAUUGGAGCACCCGCGAGAGAUAUGGGUCUGGGCGGCGGCGCCGGGGACUGGAUGCAGGUCCGACGCGACGUCAACAGGUCCAAUUCUCUGAGUCGAAGAGAGCGCGAAGAGAGGGCAGAGAGGUGCGAGAUGAUGGAUCUCAUGGUGAUGAACCCGAUCGACCAGCUACUCCAGAUGGCGGAGGGAGAUGAGAGCCUCGAUGGUCUGCCCGUGACGGAUCCAACAGACUUCAACACGCCGAAUCUGGCUUUGGUUGACAAGAGCACACGCUUCAUACAGAGUGUGCCUCCCAUGAUCAAUGCAGCUGCUCUUGCCCAGAGCUACAUCUGCCGGCCGCAGCGAAGCGAUGUGCAGCGAGCAAGAGCGAUCUUUACCUGGGUCGCCGAACGCAUUACCUGGGAAGAGGACUUCGAGGGGCAAGUGGACACCAGAAGGGUUAUCCAGACGAAGCGUGGUUGCAGCGAGGAGAUUGCUGUGCUGGUCAGGGACAUGUGCAAUGCUGUUGGCCUCCAGGCGGAAGUCAUUCGCGGGUACUUGAAGGGUCCUGGCGAGGUUCUGGAUCUUGACACGCUGGCCCGGCCGAAUCACUGGUGGAACGCGGUCAUUGUUGAUCACGAAUGGCGCAUCAUGGACUGUAGCCUUGCUGGACCGACGCAUCCCAAACGAGGUUCAUAUAGCGGCGCGAGCAGUCAGGUUGCCGAACCUUGGUACUUCCUCGCCCGGCCGAUGGAGGUUUGCUACACGCAUAUCCCACUUUUGCCGGAGCAGCAGCACAUUGUACCGCCUGUGCCGCACGAGGUCCUCUGCGCGCUGCCCUACGCUUGUCCCACGUACUUCAGGAAUGAUGUCGAGCUUUCUGGGUUCGACAAUAGCAUCCUCCAUCUCGACCAUCUGGAGAUGACGCACCUGCACAUCAAUGUUCCUGAAGACGUUGAGUGUGUCGCCGAAACAGAAGCUAGAAGCUUCGCGCAAGACGCGGAUGGCGACUACUUCGAGAGCGGCGAGAUGGUCAAGAAGAAAGCGCUUGCUCAACCAGAAUGGGUCGCUGGUCGCAAGCGUUAUACCAUUAAGGCUCUCCUACCUGGGGACGAUGGUCAAGGUGUGCUCAAGAUCUACGCUGGCAAACGAGGGCUCAUGCACAGCAUCAAGGACAACCCACACUCGCUCGCUUUGGCAGUGCCUCUGACCCACACAGGGCAGAAUCCGCCUUACGACUUCCUCACCCGACAUCCGACACCGCAUGCGCAGCGUCACGACCUCUACAUCGCCCAGCCCCAAUGCGCGCGGUUGGUGCUGAACAACACCUUCGUCUUCUGCGUGCGCCAGCACCCAUCUUCGCUCUCGCGCUUCACGCCCGAUACCUGGGGCUCCGGCGGCAACACCCAGUCCAACGGCCCGCCCGCCCCUUACACCCGCCCCGGAAGCGCAAUGAGCAUGACCCCCUACGCCCGCCCCGGCAGCGCCAUGUCCAUGGUCUCCGCCACCGUCUCACAGAGCGGGAGCAGCAACUACUCGGACGGCGCGCAAGGCAUGACAGCCGCGCAGCAGAAGCCGGCGAAACUCGCGAUCCAGUCGCCGAGUCAGAAGAUUAUCCGCUUGACGCGGAAGCAGGAGCAUAUGCUGCGCGGGUCGGCGGAGGAGGAUGGGUUGACGACGAGCUGGGAGACUGUGAUUAAGGUUGGGGAGAGGGGGACGUGGAGGGGUUUGGUGUUGGCGGAUCGCAGUGCGCGGUGGUGUGUUUUUGGGGAGUGGGAGUGUGUUUGA